AUGUUUCGGCGCUGGCGGAAGGGAGGCUCGUCUCCGAAGGCUCCUCCAGCUGGGAACGCAGGCGCACGCGGCGUCUCGCUCUCGCCAAGAACAGCCUCUCCGUCGUCUCCUUCUUCCCCUGCUUCGCGUGCGGGAAAGAAUGACGCGCCGGCCCGAGGUGGUGUGUACACUUCCUUGAGCGAGGAGGUUUUUCAAAAGUUCAUCGGACCCGGAUGGCCUCGCGAGCGCUUGCAAGUCCUCGACUUCUCUUCUGCAGCGUUUUGCCUGGAGACAGUCACGGGUCCUGACGGCGGCCUGCUGAAUCCGCGCCUUCGCGUCCAGAACCUCGCAGAGCUGAACCUGAGCAACAACGCACUCACAGGCGGAAGUGAAGGCGCUGAAGGCGAGACUGGGGGUGUCAACGAUGUGGUGAGUGCGGCGAACGGCUUUCGCCGAUUGACCAAGUUGAUUCUCACGCGAAACUUGAUCGAAAGGCUCGACCUCUGGCUUCCAAGCCUCCAAGUCCUCGUCGUCGAUUCCAACCGCCUCAAAGCCAUGCCGCCUCUCGCCGGCCUUCGAAACCUCCAAAUCCUCAAUCUCGCGCACAACAAAAUUGCAGAUUGGUGGAUGGGCAUCGACUUGUGCCCAAAGCUGCAGGUGCUCAACAUGUCCUACAACGAAAUGUCGUUUCUCCCGAGUCAGGCACUGCGCUACCUCGAAGUUUUCUCCUCCCUCAAACAUCUCACAGAAGUGGAUCUGCAAGGAAAUCCGUUUUCGCUUCUCUUUCCCGAGCAUGCAGCCCCGCUGUUGCACUUUUCCUUGGUGGCAGGCGCAAAGUUGCAGGUUGUCAAUGGAGAGGAAGUUUCCGCGUCGGGCCGCCUCGCAGCUGCAAACGAUAGCGCGGGAAUUUUCAACCGAAUCGAUGAGUAUGAUGAUCUCUUCAUGGACCGACAGGAGGCUGCAGAGAGUCGUCCCGAUGUCUCUCGAUACGCGCACGUGGAAGAGGAAAAGGGACACGCCUCGGCGCUUCAGAUGAUGAAGCUUCUGGAGGAGGCGCUCCAAGGCGACCGGUCCUUAGAGCGAUCUGUGAAAUUCUUCGAUCUGUGCAGCCAGGUGUACAACGCAGACGACGAAGACGCUCUGAAGGAUCUGUGGGCGAAUGUGGAACGAUCCGACACGGCCAAGCGUUCUCUGGCAAAACAGCUGGUGGAUAGUGCCCUUGUCUUGAUGGAACGAGAUGAACGCUCGCGACCUCUGAUUCUUCGAGGCCUGGCGAAGCUCUGCGUAGUCAAAGAGGGGAACAUGAGUGUGGAGUGCCUUCGCGGCAUUUCGCUUCUCAUUCAGCAGCAAGAAGUCGCUGGAGGCGCCGAGUCAGACAGCUUCGAUGCCGCGCAAGUCUUGGCCGAAGUCGUCCUCCCUGCAUUGACUGAUAGAGACUAUGAUGAACUUCACACCCUGUCAGUGAUAAAAGGCAUCUCUUCCAUGAAGCCUUGCCGACGCCUCGCUGAGGCUCUGGGGAGUUGCAUUCCUCUUCUCUCUGAUCUACUGCAGUCAAUCGCAACUGAAGAGACGGUCUACCGUGUCAUUGCGAUUGCAUGCAUGUCCGCCGAGAACUGCGUCGAGGCCACGGGGCAGGGUAUUCCGCAGUCGAUUUGCCAAACGCUCCUCCAAACCGAGCUCCCCACAGAUGAAACUGGACGGCAACUCUACAACGACUUAUGCAGCAUCGCCGGGCGCUGCGCAUGGCACGUCCGCAAGGCGGCUCUUUACAUGACGAAGGCCAAGUUGCACACUGAAGUCUUUCUGUUUUACAUGAGAAACUUGAUGGGCGAGAGACUCCCCUCCAGUCGCCUCUCCGUUCGUGAGGCAAAGCUCUGCUACGGCCUCAUGAUGGGCGUUUAUGGAAUGAUGAAAAACAACCCCGAGGCAAUGAAAGAGUGCUGUGAACAUUAUCAUCUCGCCGAUCUUCUUCUUCCCGCGCUCAAGGAAGGCACGGCCAAUCCCCUCAUUCUCGCAGCCAGUGCAACAGGCAUGCGGGUCAUUCUGGAAGAUGCCACGCAGCGUGGGCAACUGCUUCGCUAUGUCACUGAGGAAAUGCACCACCUCGUUCCGCUCCUGCAGUAUCUCGGCGGUUCGCGAUACGCUGCGAUCUGCGACCAGGCUGCGUAUCUGGAAAGAAAUGUCGACAGCCUACCGUUCACCCCUGAGGUGCCUCCUCUGUCGGGUUUGAACAAUCCUUACGUCCUAAAACCCCUCGCAGCUGUGGCAGAGUUGAUCGCGUUUUACUUGACAGAAGAAGGCGAUGCAUACUGCCUGGGAAUCAAUGAGAAACUGUGUGGAGCGCACCGGGAGCAGUUUCUCUUGAAUCUCCUUCAGGUUCGCGACUCCGAGGUGAAGCUCGCCGCCAUGCUGUGCCUGUGCAAAGUGCCGGUUCGAUACAUUGACAUCGACACCCUUCAGAGCGUUGUCGCGCUCCUCCCGGCGCUCCACCAUCCAGAGAAUGGGAGAAAUGGUGCAGUUCUAAGGCUCGCCGUCCAGCUUCUCGCGCGCGUGGUCUCCGACCCGAACAGCCACGCAUGCGGACAGCUCGUGAAGCGACUCGCCGACUCGGUCGUCGACGAGGUUUACAAAGUUUUGGUGCGAAACCUCACUUUCCGCUCUUCUACCACGAGCAAGCAGGCCGAACAAGAUCGUGAACUGUUGAGCACUGCAUGCGUCGAUUUUCUUCGACGAGCCUCUGCAGUGGAAGGUUUCCGAUUCUCCAUGCGAGCGACGCAAGUGGGGGGCUUCUUCACAGCCAUCAUCAAAGCAGAGGAACGUCAAAUCAAGUGGGUAUCUGCCGAUGCCUUCGACGUGGCCGUCGAGCGCACGUGGACGGGCCGAGAAAUGAAGUUUCUUCUCCUCAAUCUCUCCGGCCUGGAGCGCGUGGACGUUCGCAUGAAGCUGGCGUUUCGACUUUUGUCGAGAAUCGCGGAUGUUCUGGAAGGCCACCCUGACCAUCUUGACGCGCGAGAAGAACAAAUCUCCCUUUCGUUUCUGGCGAAGCGCGAACAAAACAUGUGGGACGAUGCAGAGACCCGGAGGCGUCAGAUGUAUCUGGACGAUACGGAAAGACAAGACCGCGCGAAUCAGCAGUCUGAAUUCGUCCGCCUACGAGUCGCUGAACGGCUUUUGCUUCUCUUAAUGCCUCUGGCGAGUGCAGACGCCAACUGUCGCUUUGCCCAACAAAAGCGGGAGAAACGCGACGUCGAGUACUGGGCAGGGCGAUUCAAGGCUGACAUCGAAGACAUGGAAGACGAUAUUGCCCGCCGAGCUGAGGAGGCAGAAGCGAGAGCCCUCGCAGAAGCUGAGGGAAGCGCAGACACUGCAGCGAAGGUCAUCCCCAGGGUGGCUGCGCGGCGGAAGGCGCGGAAUCGCUUCAGACAGCAAAAAGAGGAAGAAGAAGUCGAUGACCCGGCCCUCGAAAAUCUCCACGAGGAUCCCGGCGAUUCUGUUCAGGCUCGUGAGCGUCUGAUGGAGGUGCUCAUGAACACAGACCUCACUGUUGACCCCGAGACUGCUGCAAUGUACACUCAGGGCGGAUCGCCCAUGUACGGCGCUGACGGCCUGUGGCUUAACCUCUCCAAAGGAUUCAUGAACGUCCCGUGGAUCAUCGCUGCGUAUCUGAGGUGUCUCUACGCCUGCAUCCAGGGCGCCACUUCGAGCGCCGUUGUGAACGACACGAUUGCAACCCUUCGACGCGUUGCAUUUCUUCGAAAACUCAUUUCGCUUAUCGAGGCAUGCCCGGUUAUGACCUGCCACGUCGCGGCAAAGUUCUUCCGUCUGAUGAACCACGUCCUCCGCAUGCAGCCCCACCAAGCGGCAGAGUCGAUGGACCUCGUCAUCAACUACGCCUUGAUGACGGACUUUUCGGUCUACGUGACGCAUCCGCUGCUCUUCGUUUUGAAACACUCGGCGAGUCGGCCGUUGAAUCGCGAAGAACAGGCAAGCGACGGCCUCCCCACCUUUCUCUUUAUUUUGUGUGGCGAAAUGGCGAGCUUCUUCUCCAUGCUGGCUCGUCAGACGUCCUACGUCAAGUAUUCCUCUGAGUACGAAGUGCAAAAGUGGGCAACAGAGAUCGCCCUCGAGAAGUUUUUCACCCCCGCCACGCUCCGUGCGCUCGUGGGCAUGUUGCUGUUUGACAUUCAAAUCGACGCCGGCACGUCGCAUGGAAGCUACAUCUCGCAUCUCUUUGCGGAUCUGGCUCCCAUGCGUGAACGAAUGCGCAUCGAGUGCCUAACAAUGCUCUCAGUGAUAGUGCAGCGUUGCCCCGCACGUCUCGGCUAUGAAGCCUUAGAGGCUCUCCAGGUGGCGCGUGUCUUCAAUCACCACCCCAUUCGAAACUCGAUUCUGUACGAAUUGCUCGACGACGCAAACACUGGGCAUUUUCGCGCAACGCUCGAGCUGCUGUUGUCGGAGCAUGCACAAAGAGCGGAGCGAAUUUUGCAGCUUGCUGUUGUGUACUGGUGGACGGCGGCCUCGCACCUCAACACUCCGCCUGUUCGGCAAGUGGUUGCAGUCACCAACUACGCGUUCUACAUCCUCGAUAAGCCAGCUGGUUUAAGCGAUCCCAGCACGCCAGAGGUGGAGUACCACCACGAGAAAAGUGGAAGAAUUCGCAUUGUCGGAAAAAAGAAAUACCGGGACAUGACUCGAGUCGUGAAAGGCUUCCCGAGCAGCGACUGGCUAGCUGUCGGAUGGAAGGAGUCACGACCGAACGGACAGGGAUUCGAAGAAGUUUUCGACAUCAUCAUCUGCGACAAACUUCUCGCCGCAGCUCCUGUGAUCGAAUGUUUGCAUGCAAUCUCAGGUCGUGUGGAUGAGGAGCGCGUGGAAGUCCUCAAAGACGCAGUUAUGAAAGAGUGCGUAUUGACAAUCGUUGAUCCGAAACUGAUUGAAGCGGCGUCCAUUGCUUUCCGACAGCGGGUCAGCGAAGAGGCGCGAAAAGCAAAGGAAAAGCCGAAUCCUGCCGACCGGUACCAAGCCCUGUUUGUUCUAACCUUGUCAGAAGUCUACGAGAUCAACGUCAACUGGAAAUUCUGGUUCUGCUUGAACCCUCUCGCUUGCCGCGAGGCUGGGGGCAUUCGCGAAGCCGACGAAGACGACGACAAAGACAACCCGACGCGCUUGCGCGGCCCGGAAGAACAAGGCGGCGGCUUGGGGAACUUUGUCGGGUGGAUGGAAGACGAAGAUAACUCGUGGGCACACGAUCGCAUGCAAGACGACAGAAACGAAGCCAUCGAGAACUCGAAUGAAGUCCCGUCGUGGAUGGACAUGAUGGGGAAUGCGACGGCUCCGCACCUGCGGCGGCUGCAGGCCGCCAAGGCGAAUUUGUUGACUGUGACUUUCAGAGGAAGCAUCGAGGAUAUUCGUCAGGUUGAAUUUGCGGGAAAAGAAGAAAGCACAGUGGAAAUGACCUUUCGCCAAGGCAAAGGCUCCAGCGCAACGCAGGAGGUGGUCACAGUGGUGUUUUCCGAUGACGGUGCACGCGAGCAGUGGCGGCGUGCCCUCGCCAAGGCUCUGAAUCGAACAGACGAAUCCGAGUGA